AUGAAUGCCAACCCGUCACCCUCGGAGUACACGGUGCCAGCUCAAAUAAAUGGCAUAGACGUCAUAUUGAAACGUGAUUUCCAAGUAUCAUCACCAUCUACUGGUAAAGGCCUGUACUUGUGCAGCAGUGCCUCCCCUGAAGAUGCAAUUAUCGCUGUCUCUGCCGCACAAGCUGCCUACACACUGUGGCGGUUUACUUUACCGGGAGCAAGACGAGAUAUUCUGCUGAGAGCUGCAGCGGCGAUGGAGAGCAGGGCACAAGAGUUGGGGCAGUACAUGAUAGAUGAAACAGGUUCGAGCUCAUUUUGGGCCCAAGACUUCAACAUUCCCCUCGCUGCCGACAUCUUGCGUGACGUUGCAGGGCGUGUCAGCAACAUUGUAGGGAUGGUGCCAACAACGAACGAAGUUGGACGCAGUUCUAUUGUAUUAAAAGAGCCGUAUGGGGUUAUUAUGGCCGUUGCUCCAUGGAAUGCCCCAUACAUCUUAGGAGUGCGAUCGAUUGCGUAUGCUAUUGCUGCUGGAAAUACUGCAAUAUUAAAGGGGUCGGAGCUGUCUCCGCGCUGUUUCUGGGCCAUCGGUGACAUAUUCCGUCAAGCCGGACUUCCGCCAGGGGUCCUUAAUGUCAUAAUACAUAAGCCCAGCGACGCAGCAGCUGUCACAAGAGCUGUGAUUCAAGAUCCAAGGGUCAAGAAAAUCAACUUCACUGGCAGCACAUCAGUUGGUCGCAUAAUUUCGGAGCUAGCAGGGCGACACCUAAAGCCCGUGCUAUUGGAGCUAGGUGGGAAAGCUCCCGCUGUUGUCUGGAAAGACGCCGACCUCGAGUUAGCAGCGGAAGAGUGCGCAAAGGGAGCUUUCCUACACAGUGGGCAAGUCUGUAUGGCUACAGAGCGGAUCGUAGUCCAUCGUGAUGUUUUUGAAAGGUUUCACAACAUUUUGGCAGCAGCCACGCAUAAAUUGUUUCCGAAGGCCAAAGUUCUCAUUAACAAAGCUAGCGUGGUGAAAAACAAAUGGCUAGUCGAAGAUGCUCUCAGCAAAGGAGCUAGAGUCUUAUAUGGGGAUUUUGACUCUAAGUCAAGCGUGGAUAUGGGGCCUAUUAUCCUUGAGGGUGUGAAGGAUGGGAUGGGAAUUUAUCACACCGAGACCUUUGGGCCCGUCGUAUUCCUCAUUGCGAUUGAUACAGAGGAAGAAGCCCUUCGUAUUGCGAACGAUACUGAAUAUGGUCUUACUUCUGCUGUGUUCACCGAGGACCUGAGAACUGGGUUGAGAUUUGCUAAAGGCAUUGAGGCGGGAGCCUGCCACAUCAAUAGUAUGACGGUACAUGACGAGUCCUCACUACCUCACGGUGGCAUGAAAGGGAGUGGCUACGGACGUUUUGGUUCUAUUGGGCUGGACGAAUGGCUUGUGACGAAAACCGUGACUUACAAGGACUGA